AUCGGAGAAGCCAUCUAUGUAUAUACUUUUAAUAAAAUGUUUUUUAGUAAAAAUUACUUAAUGAAACGUAAAUAAUAUAUUCUUUAUAAUACAAAUCGGAUUUUUAACAAGUUAUGCUUCAUAAUCCACCUAUUUUUAAGUUUUCUAGUCGAUUAAUGUAGACAUACAGAAAAAGAACUGAAAAUUAUUUUAAACUCUCUUCACGGAGAGCUGUGCCGAUGGAUUGCUCGUAUUUAUAAUAUAACUAAGAUUACAACAAAAAAAAAUAAAAAUAAACAUGCAAAUGUGUAUAUGCGUAUUGAGAGUUCGAGUGACUAAAUUAAUACGUUCUUUUUUCUCAAAGUGAAGAAAUAAAAUAAGAAUAAAAGUGACUUUUACACUUGGAAUUAGUGUUUUAUAUUGAAGAGAACUCAAACUAUAUGCUUAUGCUCUCUAUUUACUCUGCUCGGUAGUCGAGCCAGCAAACUCACCAAGAAAUAUUAUUCACAAUAGAGGAUAUGUGAACGCAAUGAACAUUGCUGUGCUUCGGCACACUGUGUUUUUGUCACUCGUUGUGAGCGGAUGUUUGGAGUUGUCAUAGUCGUUGUCAGUAUGCGUAACUGUGUGUAUGCGUAGGGGCGGCCGAGAAAGUGUAUCCAUAGUGAGUAAAAACGUAAAAACAAAUUAUAAAUGGAAUAAAAUAAAGCGCAUGAUGAAGUUUCAAAUAGAUUCAGAGAAUUUGAUUGAUCGUAUUUAAAAAAGAUAAAACGAGUAAAAGAAAACAGCGAAUAGAAAAAAUACUUUUGGAAAACACCUUAGGUGUCAAACUGUAAGAAAAAAGAAAGAGCGGAAGCGGAUAUUUAACUUCGCAACAACACAUAAGCAAAUAAAAGAAGUUAAUGUACAUAUCUUGUCUAUGUAUGCAUUGUAUGGGAAAAAUUCAAAUCGAGAGUGUAAUAGUGGUAGUGCGAAAAGUGAAUCAAAAUUGAAAGUGGUUUUAAUUUAAAUUUUUGCUUUAAUUAAUAGCAACGGAAAUCUACGAAAUAGUGUAGCUGCUUAAAAGUUGAAAAGCUGAAAAACAAAAUAUAAAGUGAAAAAGUACAAUUUCAUAUUGUGCGGCAUAUAAAUCAAAAAGCAGUUGCCAUCAAAGCUAACAAAGAUUAUCAUAUAACGGUACAUUAAAACCAAACGGAGCUUAAAAAGUAAAUUGCAUCUUAAGAAAAAUAGUAUUUCACCAACACAACAUGCAUAGCUGAGACGAUAGAGAAAGAGAUUAAGGCAAUCCAUGUGAUGUCGCUUCAAUAGUAACCAUAGAAGAAUCUUUGCGUGCAAAGGAGUUCAGCUAGUGAAAUUUGAGGAGAUCCAACCAAAACCCAGCCAAUCAACCAAACAACCAACAUUCAAACUUCAAGUGCUCACUUACCUUGGGGCGCGCACAGAGGAGUUUUUCAACACUGCAUCAAGUAAAUUAAAGCCCACAUCUUCAGUAUUUCAUUGGUGCUGGUAGACGAUAAAAAAAAGCAGGGCGGGCUCUCAAGCACAGAUAUUAGAGUAUUAUUUUGCUGCUAUGUUGAAUCCCAAUCACACAGGCGCAACGCGGCGUCCCUUCUCGCGCAAUGCACCAACUCGCAACCAUCCCAGCCGGAUGCUCUUCUCACCGCACCAUCAUUCGCGUCACAUGUUGCAACAGCAACAACAGCAGCAGCAAUUACAUGCACAUGCUCACGCGCAUGCGCACACCCAAUCGCGCAUAGGCAUCGGCAACGGGAACGGAAAUGGCGCUAACGGCGGUGGCAGUGGUGUCGGCGGUUUCGCCUUGGGGAGCAAUGGAGGCUCCCUAUGCAAUGGCGGACAGUGGUACAACAAUAAAGACAACAAUAUGGACAAUUGGAAUGCACUCGGCGAUGUACAAACAAGUAAUAAUAACAGUGGAAGUUGUCCUAAUAAUAGCAAAGGAAAUCACUAUAGUCACAACCACAAUUACCACCAUAACCACCACAGUCACAAUCUACUCCAUCACAGUAAUGGCAAUGGUCAUACCUUUCACCAAAAUCAUAAUCAUAACCAGCUUAACUAUAAAGAUACCAACUAUAAUAAUAAUAGCAAUAGUAAUCAUCAUCACCAUCAAAAUAGCCAAAGCCAAACCCAAGCCCACCACUAUUAUCGCCAAGUAUACCACAAUAGCCACAAUCACUGUCAGCAUCCGUCACAAGAGCAUACGCACCAGCAAUAUAUCCACAAAAGUAUUUCCUCUAGCUCUGGGUCAGCAUCGGCCUCUAGUUCCACAACCGCUUCAACCUCUGGCAAUGCACCUGCCCCUUCUCCACAACCAGCGGCGAGCACCAAUUCCAGUAUUGCCAAUGUGACAACACUAUUACCAGCAGUAUCCUUAUCGCCCAGCAGCAAUUUCCUUCACUUCCCCAAUCACAGUCCCAACCCGCCGCCCAAUUUACGAUUGUGUGAGCUUACGAAUAAUAUUAGCAUUUCACCACUGUCAUCUUCAACACUGAAUGUCGCUACACUAAACAAUUGCAAUUUCAAUGAUCAAGAAAAGAUUCCGAACUUGAAAUUACCUGCCCUAUUAUCACCACUCCAGAUUUCCCUUACAUCCAAUGCCUCAUCGCUUGUUUCACCCACCUCACUAGCAAACUCUCAUUCCGCAAAUAACUUUCAGCAAUCGCAAACUAGUCCACAAACAAAUCAAACACCCAAAUCAAACUUAAGUCCAUAUCCAAGUUCCAAUUAUACGCAAAGUCGCAACCAAAUUAAUCAUAACCACCAUUACCACAGUAGUCGACAAUCCCACCUCAAUCAUAACCGCAACCACAACCAUAACCACAGACAAAAUCUGAAUCAAAAUCAUACAAGCCAUAAUCAUGUCAGCCAUAAUAAUAAUUUGAAUAAUAAUAAUAAUAAUAGUAGUAAUCAGCAUCAACAAAAUCAAAAUCAAAAUCAUUAUCACAAUUCGAACAAAAACCCAACACAUCAAUAUCACAUCCACAACCAAAAUAAACCGACUAAUAACCAAUCCCACCUCCCGCUAAGAAAUACAAAUUUAAUUUCCACAAACACUACAAAGUCUACAACUACAACUACAACUGAAAAUAGUAACUGUACUGAUGAUGUGAAUGUAACUUCUUGUACUGACAUAAUUUCUCAACGUGAACCAUCACCGCCACCAUUAUCGCCACAAUUGAUGAACAACCAACAACGACGAUGGCGACAACAACAACAACAACAAAAUUUGUUAUUAACAAUGGCCACAACCACUGGGCUAUCUGCAUCAUCCACUACACACACGUCUUCGAAUCAACAAUUACAACGCCAUAAACAACAAAAAAAUCCACGCACAUCGGGUGCGCCCUCAACGUCUUCCCGCUGUUCAUCGGCAACAACAACAACAACACCACCAACGGCAACAACGUCCAAUCAUUUGAUCUUUAAUGGAACGCAUAAAAAUUCGAAUAAUAAAAACACGAAAACAUCGCUAAUGAAUAUACCUGCGUCAAUGAUGACAACAACAACAACACCAAACGCACCUUCCACAUCACCAAUAUUGAUCUCACCAUGGACGACGAUGACGCCUGUGCCUAUAUCCACAUCUCCCUCGAUAAUAUCGACACCAACAAUAACAACACUGUCCACAACAAAAAAAACGCGCAAUCCUAAUCUGCCCAUUUCCAAUUUCACGUCUGCGUCUUCUAAUUAUAAUCCUUCCACUUCUACUUCUACUCUUGUUGCAUUUUCUUCUCCUUUUUCUUCUUCUUCUGGGAUAUCUUCGAUCUCAUUGGGAACUGAAUCGCAUGCGACAUCUUCAACCCAUGUUGUUGGUGUUGCUGCUUCCACUGCGUCAAUGGCUGAAUCCGUCAAUACAUUGAAUUUUCAUAACGACAACAACAAACACAAUGAUAAUAAUAUUCAUAUGAAAUACCCGACUGAUGGCACUUUGAUUUGUGAUAAUACCAAUAAUCUAACAAAUAACAAUAUCAACAGCAACCACAAUAACAACAACAACCAUCACCAACAAUUCAAUUCGAUGGGUUUCGGGCAACAACAACACCUGCGGCAUUUACGUUUUAGCAAUAAUGGACGUGGCCUAUUGAAUGGUGGUAUGGAUAAUGGCGGUAGCCAUGGUGAAUAUAAUAACAGCAACAAUUACCGGCGGGGUGGUGGAAAUCAAAAUAGCAAUAUAAAUGGUAAUGGUAACUCAAUGCUGAUGCAUCGCCACAAUGGUGACUACUACCCCAAUAGUCACCACAACCAUCAACACUAUCAGUAUAGUGACCAGAAUCGCCGACACAGUGUCAGCAACAACAGCAAUGGAACUAGCUCAGGGUUAUUCGAUAGAAAUAAUAGUAACAGCAAUAGCAAUGUAAAUGGGAAUACCAGCAAUAGUACCAACAGUGUGCAUUUCGAUGGUCAUAGUAAUGGCAACCAUUCCCGAAUCGGUGACUUCCACAAUGACAAUCGCUCAGAACGUGGGGCAGGAGCAGAGGCCAACGGUAUUGGCGCCAGUAGCAGCAAUGGUUACAGCACAGCACGUAAUGGUAAUAAUUACGGACGUAAUGCACAUCAAAAUGGCGGCGGUGGCUCCUAUCAUUACCACCAUCAUAACCAUUACAACAACAAUGGCCCAUCAACGUCAUCUGCUGCAUUAGCAGGUGCUAGCGGUAGUGUUGCCAGCUUGCUGGACGCACCUACUGGCUCUUCUGGCAUUCUGGGCUCCACUACUUCGUUGAACAGUGGGCCCAUUGGGCUUAAGUCGGACAGCCCAUCGCGUAAGCGGCGUCGCAUAUCCGGACGCAUGCCCAGCCAGUCGCCGCCGGCAAUUUGGGAACAGCGUCGAUCACCUCGUACUCAAAUGCAGCAAGGAAGUCCCCCAAUACGACGACCCCGUCUACGGGACGCAGGACCUGCUCAGCAAAUUCAUGGCCACCUCAAUAGCGGCAACGUCAAUAAUAACAACAAUAAUAGCACUAUUAACGGUAGCAGCAAUCAUUUGCAAAGCUACCACCAGCCACAGCAUUCAAUACCGCACACCCCAUAUUACAUUCGUCAGCAUAUGCCACCACCGGUACUGCAACAGCAACAACAACAGCAGCAGCAACAACACCAGACGCAACCUUUGUCACAGCCUCAACCGCAACUCCAGCAACGUUCACCUUGGGAACAUUCGCUUACUGCAGCUGCAGUAAUAACCAGCCCCAACGCUGCUCCAGCGACUGUGAAUGCUUUUAUUCAACAAACGUCACCCCCGCCACAAUCGCCCGGCCACCAUCAUCAGCCAUCUCUUGUGGGUGCGCCACCUCCACCGCCACCGCUGAUGCUGGACAUCAAUCAAGUUCCUGUCAGCCUACCCUUACGUCAUGCCGAACCCAUUUGGGCGUCCAUAUGCACCUACCCCGCACCACCACCGCAAGCGCGAAUGGCACCUUGCCAUUUGCAUGGCAUCUAUUCGCAACCAUUCGCAGCUCCAGCGUGCAAUACACAUCCCAGCACUCAAUUCCCUCCUGCUACGGCUGGUUUUGCUGCUGCCGCUGGUGCUCCCAUACAGAUGUCCCAACCGCCACAGGUGCAAGUGAAUGCUGCUGCAGCUGCGCAGCAACAGCAAACGCAACAGGCCGCCGCUCUAAUGGCAGCCGCCUCUGUAGCCGCAGCCAACUACCAACAUGCUGCUCAUUUGACUCAACAACAGCGCACAGAAGCUACUGCAGCUGCAGCUGCUGUAGCGGGACUUUCUCUAGAACAAGCUGGCGCUCACCAUCUGGACGCACAUCAAGGCCAUACUGCUGCUGUAGCCACACCACCGACACAUCACAAUCAACUUCAAGCAACACCAAUACACAUCACCUCAAUGUCGGCAGUGGCCGCUGCGGCAGCGCAUCAUUUACGCACAACAGCGAGCGCAGCUGUAUCACAAAUGUCUGCGGCGCCACAACCGAUCCUUGUCUCAACAGAGAGACGCGUAUUCCCACCACAUCGUCGUAUUACUCGUUUCUGGCCUGCACACCAUCCACACGCACCACACCGUCCUAUGCUUCCACCACAGGCUUUGGGUCCGCACCAGGCCACACCUGUUCAAAUUCAAACGACUACCGGAAUCAUAAACCCGGGCUUUUUACUUAAUUUCUUAGCCAUGUUCCCGCUCUCACCUUAUAAUCAGCAUGAAUUGAGCUCACCGGACUCAAACGAGACAGAAAAUUAUGAAGCGCUGCUAAGUUUGGCUGAGCGUCUGGGCGAGGCGAAGCCACGAGGCUUGGCGCGAAACGAAAUCGAUCAGUUGCCAAACUAUAAAUAUAAUCCGGACACUCAUAACGGUGAUCAAACGUCUUGCGUGGUUUGCAUGUGCGACUUUGAAGUGCGGCAAGUGCUGCGUGUUCUGCCUUGUUCACAUGAAUUCCAUGUUAAAUGUGUUGACAAAUGGCUCAGGUCCAAUCGAACUUGUCCCAUCUGCCGUGGUAAUGCAUCCGAUUACUUUGAGAACCCCGAACAUCAGCAACAGCAGCAGUCUCAAACCCAACAAACACAGCCACAGGUGCAGCCACAGUCUCAGUCGCAGUCUCAGCCUCAGCCUUCGUCACAGCAACCAACACAAACGCAGCAAGCGACUACAACUCAACCUCCAAUUUCCUUGACAGCACAGUCCACGGUGCAGAAUCAGCAACAGCAACCGCAAGCACAAACACAAGUAACACAGGCGCAUUAAAUGCAAACACAUACAUACAAUGCGGUAAAAGUAAUUGAGAAAAAUUGUACUUCAGGAAAAGAAGAGAAUAGAGUAUACAAAGUCAAUACCAAAUAAAAGUAAUUUAACAAAAAGAAUAUGCAGAUAUUGAACAACUAAAAACUACUCGUAAAAACACUAAAAGUCAAGCACUCUUCUAACGUCCACGUCCAAUAAGUGUAUUUGUAAUUCUUUGUGUUUCCAAUGAAAUUAGAAAUGAGCUAGAAAUUAAUUACAUUCUAAAUGCAAAAUAGAUAAAUGUAUGUAUAUUUAUAUGUGUGUGUGCAUGCGUAGAAAAGAAACUGAAUGAUACAUUGUUAUGAGCGUUUCUUGGCUAUCAUGUGGAAAUCAUAUUUUGAAAUUAACACCAUAACCAGCUACAUAGCUACAUACUAUUCUGUAUUCUGUAUGCAAUACAUAUGCAAUUGUAGUCGUCAAUCUGUAAAGAUAUUGUUACCAAAUUGUUAUUAAGAUGAGUAAGUUGAAAAAAUCACAACCAAUACGCAAACUUUAGACUAACGGCAAUAGAAUAAAUAGUUAAUCAAUAUAUUCUACAUAUGUACUUUAUGCUCGUAUCACGGAAUACAACUAGAUCUGUAUAUCACUUGUGUGUAUGUAUGUCUCAAAUGUUUUUCUAAUUAGCCUUUUUCUCGCAUUCUACCUGAGUGGUGUAUCUGUGUAUCUGUUUGUUAAUAUAACAUUUCUUAUACGCAAAAACAAAAACUACAAACUUUAUAGGCAACAAAAUUAGGCUCCUCCAAGCGAAAAGCAAAAUGCAUAGAAAUAAGAAAAAGAGGCAAAUAAAUCAAAUUAUAAUUAUGUAUGUAUGUAUGUAUGUAAUUUGAUACAUUUACUCAAAAUUCUCUUCAGCCACAUUAAGCUCUCUACAUACAAUUUAUGCACAAUAGGAAUAUGCACUAUGUAGUUGUAUUCGGUCUAAGGUAGGCAGUUUGAAAUUUUUUAACUUCACAUUUUUUUUAAUCUUAAACACAGUUACUCACUUACUUACUUACUGCUGUCCUGAUCUCCUCGUGUAGCUAGGGCCUGUACAAUAGAUCUAAAUGAGACACGCAAUUAGAUGCUGCACGGCAAAUGUCAUUCCAGUUGUAAUUUGUGGCGUCGAAUUCCCUAUCGAUGAUUCUACGCUAAGUGUUCGCUGGAGCGCCAUGUUGUCUGGAACCCUGGGUAUUUCAUCUUAGCGCCUGCCUUGCGCUGUGGUUCACGGAUUUGCGAAGUGUGUGACCAAUCCAGCCCCACUUAGUCCUACCAAUCUCAAUCGGUACAGUUUCUUAUUGGGUACGGUGCUAUAAAUAUUCGUUUCUUAUUUUUUCUGGCCAUCUUAAACCAAGUAUUCUUCGCAAACAUUUAUUAAUGCAUGUUUGAAUUCUCGAUACAAUGCGGGAGGAGCCUUUCCAUGUUUCACAUCCAUAGAAUAGCACUGAUUUAAGAUUGGACUGAAAGAUACGCAACUUCCUACGUUUUCACGACAGUCGGUUCUACGUUACCGAAACGACCCGGAUUUUUAUCCGGCCAAGGACUGUCACUCCAGCAGCAUUCCCCGUAUGUAGGUAGGGUGUUUAUGCUGCUACAACAACAACAUACACAGCUUUGUUUUGCGUGAGAUCUGCCACGACUUUUCCAUAAGUUCCUCAGCAUGCUAAAAACCAAAUUUGCCGUGCUAAUCCUUGUAUCGACGUCUUCGUCAGCACCGCUUUUGGCUGAAAUAGCACUUCCCUAAUAUACAAACCUCUGUACGCUUUCAGUGCAUUCAUCGCUACACAUUACUUUAGUUUUUCUUGCAUUUUUUUCUAGGCCUGCUGCUCUGCUCUGACACAAUAAUUGAUUAAGAUUUGUUUCCAGAUUAAGAUUUUGUUUCCAGAUCAUUUAGUCUGUGUCUGACCCUGCACACAUUGUCCAGGUAUAAGAACGGCGUCCAUUGUAUUCCGCGCCUUCCGUUCAUUGAGGAACCCAUUACUUCGUCUAAGCAGAGAAUAAAUAGCAUUGGCGCCAAAAUGCAGCUCUGCCACACCCCAGUUUGAACUUCGAAGGGUUCUGAUAGCAAACCAUUAUGCAGAACGCAACAUUUAACGGCAUUAUAUGUACAUAGCUUUGAUUAUGUUGGCAAUUUUUUGUGGCAAUACCCUCGAUAGAAGAGUUCCCCAUACGUAGAGUUCUCCUUUAACGCUGUCGAAUGCUAUUUUAAAGUCGAUAAAGCGCAUAUAAAUUGACGUUCGGAACUCGUCGCAUUGCUUUAGUAUGAUGCGAAUGAUGUUUAUAAGGUCGAUGCAAGAUUGGCCGGCUCUAAGACCAUAUUGAUUUUCUCGGAGGUUGGUUUCUACGGCGACGCACUUGCGGUCAAGUACAAUUUUUGUCAGUAUUUUGCUGGGUACAGGCAAAAAAGUCAUGCCUCGGUAAUUUUCAUAAUUUUAAUUUAGUGAGGUCACGCUUUUUGGGGCACCUUUACUAAUACACCCUCAUUCCAGCUUCCAAGCUUGGUCGGGAUCGAUUUUUUAAGAACUAAGGGUAAAUAUUAUCAUUUUGAGUAUAGUCUCCCCGAACAUCAGCAAAACGGCACGUAAGUGCUACUUGAAGUGUACCUGUGGUACUCUUGCCAUUUCCCCGAACAUCAAUACAUUUGUCCCAACGAGAUUCCAAUUUAUGAAUUCCAUCACUGAAAUGAGAAUCUGGAAGGGCGGCUGCAAAAUACGCUUCUACAGCUGUUAUGACCUAAUCAUUUGAUAAAAAAACGCUUUUCACAUAUGCAUUUUUUUCCCGUCUGGAAACAGAUGAAGGUCGCUAGGGUCCAAAUCUUGUGAAUACGAUGGAUGCUCCAACAAUUCGAACUUUAAUUCAUGGAUUUUAGCCAUUGUCAAAAUGCUCUUGUGACACGGUGCAUUGUCCUGAUGAAAACGAAUAGUAUAACGGUAAUAUUUCUUUAUUAUGAGGAUUGUCAAUGUACAAACACCAAAAAAUUUUGAAAUAUACAGCUCUCACUCUCACCUUGCUACGAAAAAAAAAAAACAAAAAUGUUAUUUUGAAAAAAAGUAGCCCAUUGGCUUAGAAAUCCCCUUUUCAAA